GGCGUGCACAAGGUGUUUGGCUAUCUGAAAACGGAGCUGGAGGGUGGCAACGUGAGCCUGCUCAUGCCUCCGCCCUUCAGUCAGCGCCACAACAGCUACCUGCAGCGCUAUGCAGAGGGCGGCGAGCCGCGCGUCCUAGACACCGUACGGGAGGUGCUUGGGCUGCACAAGGAGCGCUACGUGUUUCCCGUAACGUUGUGUGUAACCAAGAUGAGCGGUUCUGGAGCUGACAGUAUCUUCCUAGGCGUGGCUCGUCCCAUGGUCCCAAACUUCCUCAUCAUUCGCGCCUGGGUGGCGCCCAACGGUGUCUUCCUGUGCGGUGACCAGCACUUCGCAUCCAUGUGCGGCAUCACGGAGAAUGAACUGGUG